AUGAAGGUAAAUUUGACAAAAAAGAAUUUUGAAAAUAUAAAGAUUAAAAACAUCUAGUUGAUUGGAGCUAAUUUUGUAAGAUGUAAUUUGAAUGGAUCUCAUUUUGAAUAUGUAGAUAUCAGUGGAAUAAAUUUAAAUGGGGCCUAACUGUUUUAAUGUUAAUGGAAAAAUAUUAAAAUAAAUGAAUUAAAUUCAUUAGAUGAUCUUGAGGGAUGUGUCAAAUCAGCAUGUUUUUCUCCUGAUGGCAGUGCAAUAGCAUUAAGUUUUGAGGACAAGUCUAUCCGUUUAUGGAAUAUUAAAACAGGAAAAGAAAAAAUGAAGUUUUGCUAUCAAAGUGAUUGGGUAUUGUCAGUAUGUUUCUUUCCUGAUGGCACAAAAUUAGCAUCUUGUAGUAAGGAUAAGUCUAUUUUGUUAUGGGAUCUGAAGACAGGAAAACAAGCAUUGAAAUUUGAUGGUCAUAAUGAUUGGGUUUAUUCUGUAUGUUUCUCUCCUGAUGGCACAGAAUUAGCCUCUUGUAGUAAGGAUAAGACUAUCAGAUUAUGGGAUGUCAAGACAGGACAAGGAAAAUUUCAAUUAAAUGGACACAGAAAUGAUGUAUAUUCUGCAUGUUUCUCUUCUGAUGGUACAAAAUUAGCCUCUUGUAGUAAGGAUAAGACUAUCCGCCUAUGGGAUGUAAAGACAGGGCAAAAAUAAUUUCAAUUAAAUGGACACAAAAAUGAUGUAUAUUCUGUAUGUUUCUCUUGAUGGUACAAAAUUAGCCUCUUGUAGUAAGGAUAAGUCUAUCCGCCUAUGGGAUGUUAAAAGAGGAGAAUAAAAAGCUAAAUUGGAUGGUCAUACGAAUUCUGUCUACUCAGUUUGUUUCUCAACUGACGAUACUCCAUUAGUAUCUUAUAGUAAGGAUAAUUCUAUCAGAUUUUGGGAUGUCAAUAAAGGGCUAGAAAUAUCUCAAUUAUACAAGCACAAUAAAAACGCAUGUUCAGUCUGCUUUUCUUCUGAUGAUAUUGUAUUAGCAUAUAGUUGUGAAGAUAAAUCUAUACAUAUAUGGGAUUUAAAGACAGGUUAUCAGCGAUCUAAAUAAUUUGAUGGUCAUAGCGAUGAUAUUUACUGUGUAUGCUUUACUUCUGACGGAAAAAUAUUAGCCUCUAGUGGUAGGGACAAAUUAAUUCAUCUUUGGGAUGUUAAAACAGGAUAAUAAAAAUUAAAAUUGCAAGGACAUAACGAUUGCAUACGUACAGUUUCAUUUUCUCCAAAUGGAAAUGAAAUAGCAUCUGGCAGCAUGAUAGCUUAAUUAUUUUAUGGGAUGCUCAGACAGGAUAAAAAAUAAAGGAAUUAGUAGGCCAUAAUGGAAUUGUCUUGUCAAUAUGCUUCUCUCCUUUAGGUUCUAUAUUAGCAUCUAGUAGUAGAGACAACUCUAUUUGUUUAUGGAAUACCUAGACAGGUUAAAUAUAAUCUCAUUUAAAUUGUAAUGGUUAUGUUCAAUCAUUAUGCUUUUCUUCUGAUGGUACUACAUUAGCAUCUGGUAGUUCGGAUAGCUUUUUAUGCCUAUGGAAUUUUAAAACAGGAAAAGAAAUAUUGAAAAAAGAUUGUUAAAUUGGAAUCAUUAUGUCUGUAUAAUUUUCUCCAGAUGGUACUACCUUAGGCUCUGGUAGCGAAGAUAAUUCUGUUCGCUUAUGGGAUUCUAAGACUGGUCAACAAAUAUUGAAAUUGUUUGGCCAUAGUAGUUACGUGCGAACAGUUUCAUUCUCCUCUGAUGGUACUACAUUAGCAUCUGGUAGUGAUGAUUAUUCUGUUCGUUUAUGGAAUUUAAAAACAGGUUAACAAAAAUCUAAAUUAGAUAGUCAUAAUGAUUGCGUAUUGUCAGUAUGCUUUUCUCCUGAUGGAACAAUGCUUGCUUCUAGUGGAAUGGAUUUUUCUAUCCGUUUAUGGUAUUUAAAAGAAAAUUUUAAAUAUAAAAUGUCACCAGAUAGAAAUACAUUAGCUUCUGGUAGUGUAGAUAACUCUAUCCGUCUAUGGGAUGUCAAAACAGGAUAAUAAAAAGCCAAAUUAGAUGGUCAUACUAGUGCUAUUAUGUCAGUCUGUUUCUCCUGAUGGAAAUACAUUAGCUUCUGGUAGUGAAGAUAACUCUAUCCGUCUAUGGGAUGUCAAAACAGGAUAAUAAAAAGCCAAAUUAGAUGGUCAUACUCAUAAUGUCUACUCAGUCUGUUUCUCUCCUGAUGGAAAUACAUUAGCUUCUGGUAGUGAUGAUAAGUCUAUCCGUCUAUGGGAUGUCAAAACAGGAUAAUAAAAAGCCAAAUUAGAUGGUCAUACUCAUAAUGUCUACUCAGUCUGUUUCUCUCCUGAUGGAAAUACAUUAGCUUCUGGUAGUGAUGAUAAGUCUAUCCGUCUAUGGGAUGUCAAAACAGGAUAAUAAAAAGCCAAAUUAGAUGGUCAUACUCAUAAUGUCUACUCAGUCUGUUUCUCUCCUGAUGGAAAUACAUUAGCUUCUGGUAGUGAUGAUAAGUCUAUCCGUCUAUGGGAUGUCAAAACAGGAUAAUAAAAAGCCAAAUUAGAUGGUCAUACUCAUAAUGUCUACUCAGUCUGUUUCUCUCCUGAUGGAAAUACAUUAGCUUCUGGUAGUGAUGAUAAGUCUAUCCGUCUAUGGGAUGUCAAAACAGGAUAAUAAAAAGCCAAAUUAGAUGGUCAUACUCAUAAUGUCUACUCAGUCUGUUUCUCUCCUGAUGGAAAUACAUUAGCUUCUGGUAGUGAUGAUAAGUCUAUCCGUCUAUGGGAUGUCAAAACAGGAUAAUAAAAAGCCAAAUUAGAUGGUCAUACUCAUAAUGUCUACUCAGUCUGUUUCUCUCCUGAUGGAAAUACAUUAGCUUCUGGUAGUGAUGAUAAGUCUAUCCGUCUAUGGGAUGUCAAAACAGGAUAAUAAAAAGCCAAAUUAGAUGGUCAUACUCAUAAUGUCUACUCAGUCUGUUUCUCUCCUGAUGGAAAUACAUUAGCUUCUGGUAGUGAUGAUAAGUCUAUCCGUCUAUGGGAUGUCAAAACAGGAUAAUAAAAAGCCAAAUUAGAUGGUCAUACUCAUAAUGUCUACUCAGUCUGUUUCUCUCCUGAUGGAAAUACAUUAGCUUCUGGUAGUGAUGAUAAGUCUAUCCGUCUAUGGGAUGUCAAAACAGGAUAAUAAAAAGCCAAAUUAGAUGGUCAUACUAGUGCUAUUAUGUCAGUCUGUUUCUCCUGAUGGAAAUACAUUAGCUUCUGGUAGUGAAGAUAACUCUAUCCGUCUAUGGGAUGUCAAAACAGGAUAAUAAAAAGCCAAAUUAGAUGGUCAUAGUAACUAUGUUAGAUCAGUCUGUUUCUCUCCUGAUGGAAAUACAUUAGCAUCUGGUAGUAGAGAUGGUUCUAUCCGUGUAUGGGAUCUCAAAACAGGAAAAUAAAAAGCCGAAUUAAAUGGCUAUAUUGAUUAUUUCAAAUCAGUUUGUUUCUCUCCUGAUGGAAACACAUUGGCUUCUAGUAACAAUCGUGACUUAAUCGAACUUUGGGAUGUAAAAACAGGAUUGUAAAAAGCCCGAUUCAACCUUACUGGACUUGUUAGUUCAGUCUGUUUCACUCCUGAUGGAAAUACAUUAGCAUCUGCAGGUGGAAGCGGAAAUCCUUAUGAAUAAGGAGAUAACUCUAUCCGUCUAUGGGAUGUCAAAACAGGAUAAUAAAAAGCCAAAUUAGAUGGUCAUAGUAAUGAUGUUAUGUCAGUGUGUUUCUCUCCUGAUGGAAAUACAUUAGCUUCUGGUAGUUAUGAUUAUGUUAUUGAAAAAUUUUUAUUAGUAAAAUACUUAUUUUGGAAAUUUAAGAGAAAAUACCCAUGCAUUUAAGUGUUACUAAUAUAAAGGCUGUUUUAUAUAUUUAAAUAAUUUAUCGUCCAAGGAGGUUGUUAUAGAGAGGAUAAAUUUUAUUAAGAUUAUCAUUUAUGUUAAUCAAAUACCAAUAAUUAUUUCCUUUUUAAUUCUACAAUUUAGGUGCAAUUUCUUAAUUUAAUUGUAAAAUAUAACCAUUUAAUCAGUUUUUAAAGACUUAAGGGAUAUUAUUUUUGA